UGUUCGACUUUUGCAGGAAAACAUAAUAGAUCAAGAACCAUUAUUAUUAUUGUGGCCGUGGUGAUUGGUGCCUCCAUUGCCCUUCUCAUCUUGAUUUUCAUCUAUUUUGCAGUUAGGAAAUCGAAGAAAACCAUUGAAAAUGAAGCUGAAAUAAUGGAUGAUGAAGACAUUAACCCAGCUGAUUCGUUGCAAUUUGACUUUGAGACCAUCAGACUGGCUACAGAUAACUUUUCUGUUGCAAAUAAACUCGGACAAGGAGGAUUUGGGCCAGUAUAUAAGGGUAGGCUCCGUAAUGGACAAGAAGUUGCUGUCAAAAGGUUGUCCAUGGAUUCAGGGCAAGGAGGCUUAGAAUUCAAAAAUGAAGUGUUAUUGAUGGCCAAACUUCAGCAUCGUAAUUUAGUAAGAUUAGUUGGUUUCUGUUUAGAAGGAACUGAAAGGCUACUCAUUUAUGAGUUUCUUCCCAAUAGAAGUCUUGAUUACAUGUUAUUCGAUCCAAUUCAACAAACUCAUUUGCAUUGGGAAGUGCGUUACAAAAUUAUAGUCGGCAUUGCUCGUGGCAUUCUUUACCUACAUGAAGAUUCAAGAUUACGCAUUGUUCACCGUGACCUCAAAGCAAGUAAUAUUCUUCUAGAUAAAGAUCUAAAUCCAAAAAUAGCAGAUUUUGGCAUGGCAAGGCUAUUUGCUUUAGAUCAAACUCAUAACACUACAAGCAAAGUUGUUGGAACUUAUGGAUACAUGGCACCAGAAUAUGCAAUACAUGGACAAAUAUCAACAAAAUUAGAUGUCUUUAGUUUUGGUAUACUGGCUCUUGAAAUUAUAAGUGGCCAAAAGAAUAGUAGCGUGAUUGAUGAGGAGGAUAUACAAGAUCUUUUAAGCUUUGUAUGGAAAAACUGGAGGGAAGGGACAACCUCAAAUAUAGUAGAUCCCGUGAUCAGCAAUGGUUCAAGGGAUGAAAUAAUGAGAUGCAUUCAUAUCGCCUUACUGUGUGUUCAAGAAAACGUAACAGACAGGCCUACUAUGGCUUCUAUUGAACUUAUGCUCAAUAGCUACUCUUCGUCUCUCCCUUUACCUUCACGACCUCCAUGCUUAAUGAAUUUCAGCAGCACGCUUGAGAUGCAGACCAGAGAGGAAGAUGAAGGAGAGGGAGUACAUUACUCUACUCGACAAGCAUAAAAAUGAGGCCUCAAUUAGUGAAUAGUUUGCUAUAUCUCUAUAGAAGUC